GGUGUUUCGUUGUACAUAAGCAGCCUCAGCAGCUGGAUAUAGGAUUCUUGAUUGAUGAUUAUUUUCUUUGAGCACCUUGAAUAUAUUAUCCUGUUAUCUUCUGGCUUCCAUUGUUUCUGAUAAGAAGCAGGCUGUUAAUGUUAUUGGAGUUCCCUUGUAGGUCACAGUUGUUUUUCUCUUACUGGUUUCAAGAUUUUCUCCCAGUGUUUGGCUGUUCGUAUUUUUAUGAUGAUGUGACUAUUGGGGAAUUACUAUUUUUUUUAUCCUACUUGGAAUUCAUACAUCUUCCUCGAUGUGUUGACUAAUUUCUUUCAAUACAUUUGGAAAGUUUUCAGUCAUUAUUUCUUUGAAUAUGUUUUCUAUUUGUUUAUCUCUUUCCUUUCCUUCUGGUACUCCCAUUACACAUAUGUUGGUACACUUGAUGGUGUCCCACAUUUCUCUGAGGUUCUGUACAUUUUUCUUCAUUCUUUUUUCUCCCUCUUCUUUGAAUUGCAUAAUCUCUGUUUAUUUUCAAGUUUUCAAAUUCUUUCUCCUGUUAGUUCAUAGCUACUGUUGAGUCUAUCUAGUGAAUUUUUCCUUUUCAGUUAUUGUACUUUUCCACUCCAGAAUAUCCACUUGGUUCUUUUUUAUAAUUUCUAUCUUUUUAUUGAUAUUGUCUAUUUUAUGUGGCGUUGUCAUCAUACCUUACUUAAUUCUUUAAUCAUGGUUUCCUUUUGUUCUUUGAGUAUAUUUAUAACAAUUACUUUGAAGUCUGUUAAAUCUUACAUCUAGUCACUCUCAAAGUUAGUUUCUGUUGCCUACUUUUUUACCAGUGUCUGCAUCAUACUUUCCUAUUUCUUAGUAUGUCUGGUAAUUUGUUGGAAACUAGACAUUUUAGAUAAUGCAUUGUAGCAGUUCUGGAUACAGAGAGGCUUACUUUGAGUGUUGUGAUUAUUUUAUUAAAAUGAGAUUUCAGUCAUAUUAUUCUACAGUAGUUAAUGUUCAUGAGAAAUGUAAUAGUUUUCUUUACUAAUGUUUUUAUGAUUUCUAAGAGAUCUAAUCUUUGCCAGUGGAACAAGCCUUGUUAAGUUGCAUUAUGUUCUGUAAUUAAAUUCAUUUGAAAAUAGAAUCCACCUUACUGAAAAUUACUAGACAGCUGACUUUGGUUACUCCAUUGGUUCUAGGGGGAGAGAGUUGACAGGGAAAGGUACUUGUUAUGUAGAUCCUGACAGAGGCACUUACUGUUUAGCAGUGAAAGUGCUUUGAAUUAUGUAACUUAUUUUCUGAUGUUUUUCUGCACUUGUAAGCACAUUAGCAUUUUUAGAAGCAGAGAAGAAGGAUGGCAGGUGCCUUAGUGUCAGUCAAAUGUGUUGGUUAAAUCAGAAAUAGAAUUUAUAGUUUAUUCUUAGGUAGCUCUUUAUGACAGAGUGAUUGGUUACUUUUGGAAUAAAGAUUACCAUUAAUUCAUGUUUAGGGUUAGUUUUAUCUUCUGGUAUAGGCUAUUUUUAUUUUUACUUCAUUUAUUUCAUUUUGAUAAAGUUUCAUUCUUAUGUCCUUCUUCCUCCUUCCCCUGGGCCUCUGAGCCAGCAGAGCACAGAUAAGAGGCAUACUUAGCUAGCUUUGAGACUUAAUAUUAGAGGAGCCCUCCUCACCCAUGGCCUGUCCUUUAUUUGAAUGGAAUUAUAUGAUAUUUAAAUUUUUGAAAAAAUAUUCUAGCUUGUUUAACCUGUUGAAUUUAAUAAACAUAAUAUUUAAUCUUUUCAGAGGUCGAAACAGUAGCAAAGGACUGCCUCAAUCUGCGAUUUCAUUUGAUGGAAUCUAUGCAAAUAUGAGGAUGGUUCAUAUACUUACGUCAGUUGUUGGAUCCAAAUGUGAAGUACAAGUGAAAAACGGAGGUAUAUAUGAAGGAGUUUUUAAAACAUACAGUCCUAAGUGUGAUUUGGUACUUGAUGCUGCACAUGAGAAAAGUACAGAAUCCAGUUCGGGGCCAAAACGUGAAGAAAUAAUGGAGAGUAUUUUAUUCAAGUGUUCAGACUUUGUUGUGGUACAGUUUAAAGACAUGGACUCCAGUUACGCAAGAAGAGAUGCUUUCACUGACUCUGCGAUCAGUGCUAAAGUGAAUGGUGAACACAAAGAGAAAGACCUGGAGCCUUGGGAUGCAGGCGAACUCACUACCACUGAGGAACUGGAGGCUUUGGAGAACGAUGUAUCUAAUGGAUGGGAUCCCAAUGAUAUGUUUCGAUAUAAUGAAGAAAAUUAUGGUGUAGUGUCUACAUAUGAUAGCAGUUUAUCUUCAUAUACGGUGCCCUUAGAAAGGGAUAACUCAGAAGAAUUUUUAAAACGAGAAGCAAGGGCAAACCAGUUAGCAGAAGAAAUUGAAUCAAGUGCCCAGUACAAAGCCCGGGUGGCCCUGGAAAAUGAUGAUAGGAGCGAGGAAGAAAAAUACACAGCAGUUCAGAGAAAUUCCAGUGAACGUGAGGGGCACAGCAUAAACACUAGGGAAAAUAAAUAUAUUCCUCCUGGACAAAGAAAUAGAGAAGUCAUAUCCUGGGGAAGUGGGAGACAGAAUUCACCACGUAUGGGCCAGCCAGGAUCGGGCUCCGUGCCAUCAAGAUCCACCUCUCACACUUCAGAUUUCAACCCAAAUUCUGGUUCAGACCAAAGAGUAGUUAAUGGAGGUGUUCCCUGGCCAUCGCCUUGCCCAUCUCCUUCCUCUCGCCCACCUUCUCGCUACCAGUCAGGUCCCAACUCUCUUCCACCUCGGGCAGCCACCCCUACACGGCCGCCCUCCAGGCCCCCCUCGCGGCCAUCCAGACCCCCGUCUCACCCCUCUGCUCAUGGUUCUCCAGCUCCUGUCUCUACUAUGCCUAAACGCAUGUCUUCAGAAGGGCCUCCAAGGAUGUCCCCAAAGGCUCAGCGACACCCUCGAAAUCACAGAGUUUCUGCUGGGAGGGGUUCCAUUUCCAGUGGCCUAGAAUUUGUAUCCCACAACCCACCCACUGAAGCAGCUACUCCUCCAGUGGCAAGGACCAGCCCUGCGGGGGGAACAUGGUCGUCAGUAGUCAGUGGGGUUCCAAGGUUAUCCCCUAAAACUCACAGACCCAGGUCUCCCAGACAGAACAGUAUUGGAAGUACUCCCAGUGGGCCAGUUCUUGCUUCUCCCCAAGCUGGUAUUAUUCCGACAGAAGCUGUUGCUAUGCCUGUUCCAGCUGCAUCUCCUACGCCUGCUAGUCCUGCAUCCAACAGAGCUGUCACCCCAUCUACUGAGGCUAAAGAUUCCAGGCUUCAAGAUCAGAGGCAGAACUCUCCUGCAGGGAAUAAAGAAAAUAUUAAGCCCAGUGAGACAUCACCUAGUUUUUCAAAAGCUGAAAAUAAAGGUGUAUCACCAAUCGUUUCUGAACAUAGAAAGCAGAUUGAUGAUUUAAAGAAAUUUAAGAAUGAUUUUAGGUUACAGCCAAGUUCGACUUCUGAUUCUGUGGAUCAACUGCUAAACAAAAACAGAGAGGGAGAAAAAUCAAGAGAUUUGAUCAAAGACAAAAUUGAACCAAGUACUAAGGAUUCUUUCAUUGAGAAUAGCAGCAGCAACUGCACCAGUGGCAGCAGCAAGCCCAACAGCCCCAGUAUUUCCCCCUCGAUACUCAGUAACUCAGAGCACAAGAGAGGACCAGAGGUCACGUCCCAAGGGGUUCAGACUUCCAGUCCAGGAUGUAAACCAGAGAAGGAUGAUAAGGAGGAGAAGAAAGAUGCAGCUGAGCAAGUUAGGAAAUCCACACUGAAUCCCAAUGCAAAGGAGUUCAACCCUCGUUCCUUUUCUCAGCCAAAGCCUUCUACCACCCCAACUUCGCCUCGGCCUCAAGCACAACCGAGCCCGUCUAUGGUGGGUCACCAGCAGCCAACUCCAGUUUAUACUCAGCCCGUUUGUUUUGCACCAAACAUGAUGUAUCCAGUCCCAGUGAGCCCAGGCGUGCAACCUUUAUACCCAAUACCCAUGACGCCCAUGCCAGUGAACCAAGCCAAGACAUAUAGAGCAGGUAAAGUACCAAAUAUGCCCCAACAGCGGCAAGACCAGCAUCAUCAGAGCACCAUGAUGCACCCAGCCUCUGCAGCAGGCCCACCCAUUGUAGCCACCCCUCCAGCUUAUUCCACACAAUACGUUGCCUAUAGUCCUCAGCAGUUUCCAAACCAGCCCCUUGUUCAGCAUGUGCCACAUUAUCAAUCUCAGCAUCCUCAUGUCUAUAGUCCUGUAAUACAGGGUAAUGCUAGAAUGAUGGCACCUCCAACUCAUGCCCAGCCUGGUUUAGUACCUUCUUCAGCAACUCAGUUCGGGGCUCAUGAGCAGACGCAUGCGAUGUAUGCAUGUCCCAAAUUACCAUACAACAAGGAGACAAGCCCUUCUUUCUACUUUGCCAUUUCCACUGGCUCCCUUGCUCAGCAGUAUGCGCACCCCAACGCUACCCUGCACCCACAUACUCCACAUCCUCAGCCUUCGGCUACCCCGACUGGACAGCAGCAAAGCCAACAUGGUGGAAGUCACCCUGCCCCCAGCCCUGUUCAGCACCAUCAGCACCAGGCGGCCCAGGCUCUCCAUCUGGCCAGUCCACAGCAGCAAUCAGCCAUCUACCACGCGGGGCUCGCGCCAACCCCACCCUCCAUGACACCUGCCUCCAACACGCAGUCGCCACAAAAUAGUUUCCCAACAGCACAACAAACCGUCUUUACGAUCCAUCCUUCUCAUGUUCAGCCGGCAUACACCAAUCCACCCCACAUGGCCCACGUACCUCAGGCUCAUGUACAGUCAGGAAUGGUUCCUUCUCAUCCAACUGCCCAUGCGCCAAUGAUGCUAAUGACGACACAGCCACCCGGCGGUCCCCAGGCCGCCCUCGCUCAAAGUGCACUACAGCCCAUUCCAGUCUCGACAACAGCGCAUUUCCCCUAUAUGACGCACCCUUCAGGUGAGGCGUGUGUGUGCAGGGGCCGCCGGGGCACCCAAAGCAUUCUGCUCGCACAGGGCGAAGGGCAGGCAGGGCCAGUGCUUCACCCCCCUCGUCGGAGAGCUAGCAAGACCCGUUCUAGUGCGCACAGUAGGGACUGUGACGGUCAGCUCAGUGUCAGGGCCCGAGGCUCCCGGAGCCUAGUCUGUGUUCUUUGGUCUCCAGGAUUUGGCUUGAUGAGAAACAGCAGCAGCAGUCUGGGUGGCUGGCGCAUGCCUAGGACUCAGUUGGCCUUCUUUGUAUGCUAGGCUGGACAGGGCGGCGUGUUCCGUCCUGAGGCCCAGCAGUCUGACGUGGGGGGUGUCAC